GUUUUCCAUGGUCAUGGAACCUCAACCACCACCCAAAAAGUUCCUAACUCGGCUCAACUCGGCCGUUGCCAAUAGCCGGGUCGGGAAGCGUUUCAAACUAGCCGAGCGUAACUCUUCUUUCACAACCGAGUUGCGUGCGGGAACCGCUACGUUCCUAACCAUGGCUUACAUCUUAGCCGUCAAUGCUUCCAUCCUUGCCGACUCUGGAGGUCCCUGCAGCGUCUCAGAUUGCAUUCCUUUAUGUUCUGAUCCUUCCGUUCCAUUAUCCAACUGCACUGGGUCAAAUCUCCGAGUCAUCAAGCCUGACGUGUCAUGCAAAUUCGACCCGGUCAACCCGGGUUACGCUUCAUGUUUGGAGACCGUCCGUAAAGAUCUCAUAGUAGCAACUGUUGUUUCUUCUCUUAUUGGCUGCGUAAUUAUGGGUGCUUUCGCGAAUUUGCCGCUGGCUUUGGCUCCGGGUAUGGGGACAAAUGCGUAUUUUGCCUAUACUGUGGUCGGACUUCACGGGUCGGGUAAUGUCCCUUAUAAGAGUGCUUUAGCAGCGGUUUUCAUAGAAGGGUUAAUGUUUUUGUUCAUUUCAGCUAUCGGGUUCCGGGCCAAGUUAGCUAAGUUAGUUCCUAAACCGGUUCGGAUAAGUUCGUCUGCAGGUAUCGGGCUGUUUCUCGCCUUUAUCGGGCUGCAAAAUAACCAAGGCGUCGGGUUAGUCGGGUAUAACCCGUCAACCCUUGUGGCUCUCGGAGGCUGUCCGAGUUCAUCCCGGGUUUCGGUUGCCCCAGUUUUAGCGGCAGCUAACGGAACCGUUAGUUUAAUGCCUGGGGGUACAGUCUCGGGUGACAUUUUUUGUCUACGUGACAGAAUGGAGAGUCCCACGUUGUGGCUUGGAAUCGUGGGUUUUGUGAUUAUAGCUUAUUGCAUGGUGAAAAAUAUUAAGGGUGCUAUGAUUUAUGGUAUAGUAUUUGUAACGGCGGUUUCUUGGUUCCGCAACACUAAAGUGUCUGCUUUUCCUAACACUGACGCCGGUAAUUCAGCUCACAAGUAUUUUAAGAAAGUUGUUGAUAUCCACUUAAUAGAAAGUACAGCUGGGGCAUUGAGUUUUAGCACUAUAGGUAAAGGUUACUUUUGGGAGGCUUUGGUCACGUUCUUAUAUGUUGACAUAUUGGAUACAACUGGUACGUUGUAUUCCAUGGCGAAAUUCGCCGGCUUUACUGAUCCAAACGGUGAUUUUGAGGGCCAAUAUUUCGCUUUCAUGUCGGAUGCCAUGUCAAUUGUCGUGGGAUCAUUGCUCGGGACAUCACCAGUGACGGCUUUCGUUGAAUCGUCCACAGGGAUUAGAGAGGGUGGACGAACGGGGUUGACGGCGUUAACAGUGGCCGGAUACUUUUUCCUAGCGUUUUUCUUCACGCCACUUUUGGCGUCGAUACCCGCUUGGGCCGUAGGGCCGCCGCUUAUCCUGGUGGGAGUGUUGAUGAUGAGAGCAGUGCUGGAAAUUGAGUGGGAUGAUAUGAGACAGGCAAUCCCCGCUUUUGUGACAUUGAUUUUGAUGCCUUUGACCUAUUCCAUAGCAUAUGGGUUAAUUGGUGGGAUUGGAACUUACAUUGUCUUGCACAUUCUGGAUUGGGCGACGGAGCUAUUGGUGAAGUAUGGAGUCAUAAAAAGUCGUGGUGUUGUGGUCAAUGGGGCACAUGAGCAAGCAAUAGAAGAUCGAAAUGCAAAAGCAGUUGAACUUGAUCGUAUUUUAUAAGGUCUUUAGCGGGAAUACACCUUUGAAUCUUUUGUUUUGUCUCUUUUGGACAAUAUCUUUGCAGAGAAAUAAAUAUGAUAAGAAAUGUAUUCACAUUUCACACAA